UGAUCUUCCACCCCAGUGAGGGGAAGAGGAUGUGAUCAUGUGCUCGUAGUGGAGGGGAAAUUGUGAAAGAGACCCGCUGUAGAAAAGGCAGCCCACAAGCACCUCGGCUCUCAGAGGAGGUUGAGCUGCCGGGACAACUUGUCUGAGAGUGGACCUGUCUGUCCAUCCGACAUGGAACCAAAGCAGAUCAGGGAGGGCUACCUUGUGAAGAGGGGGAGCGUGUUCAACACCUGGAAACCCAUGUGGGUUGUAUUGUUAGAAGAUGGAAUUGAAUUCUAUAAGAAGAAAAGUGACAACAGCCCCAAAGGAAUGAUUCCCCUGAAAGGAAGCUCCUUGACCAGCCCUUGUCAGGACUUUGGCAAAAGGAUGUUUGUGUUUAAGAUCACUACAACCAAACAGCAGGACCACUUCUUCCAGGCAGCCUUCCUGGAGGAGAGAGAUGCCUGGAUUCGGGACAUCAAGAAGGCCACUAAAUGCAUUGAAGGAGGACAGAAAUUUUCGAGGAAAUCCACCAGGAGGUCCAUUCGACUGCCAGAAACCAUUGACUUAGGUGCCUUGUAUUUGUCCAUGAAAGACACUGAAAAAGGAAUAAAAGAACUGAAUCUAGAGAAGGACAAGAAGAUUUUUAACCACUGCUUCACAGGUAGCUGUGUCAUCGACUGGCUGGUGUCUAACCGGUCUGUCCGGAAUCGCCAGGAAGGCCUCAUGAUCGCCUCUUCACUGCUCAAUGAAGGGUAUCUGCAGCCCGCUGGAGACAUGUCCAAGAAUGCAGUGGAUGGAACCGCUGAAAACCCUUUCCUGGACAACCCCGAUGCCUUUUACUACUUUCCAGACAGUGGGUUCUUCUGUGAAGAGAAUUCCAGUGACGAUGACGUGAUUCUGAAGGAAGAAUUCAGAGGAGUCAUUAUCAAGCAGGGAUGUUUACUGAAGCAGGGGCACAGGAGGAAAAACUGGAAAGUGAGGAAGUUCAUUCUGAGAGAAGACCCCGCCUACAUGCACUACUAUGACCCUGCUGGGGGGGAAGAUCCCCUGGGAGCAAUUCGCUUGCGAGGCUGUGUGGUGACUUCGGUGGAGGCCAACCCAGAUGGCAAGAAGAGUGAGGAAGAGAACCUUUUUGAGAUCAUCACGGCAGAUGAAGUGCAUUAUUUCUUGCAAGCAGCCACCCCCAAGGAGCGCACAGAUUGGAUCAAAGCCAUCCAGGUGGCCUCCCGGACUGGGAAGUGAGGGCACGCCUGCACUCGCAGCCCCUCCUGAGGGAAGUCCACGGAUAAGCUCGGUCCAGGACCAGCCCACUGCUGUGACAAAUCCACAGAAAGGGCCCAGGAUGGGAAGCUUUCAUCUGCGCAGGAUUAUGAAUGUGAUUGACCACUUGGCACAAGGAUUCCUUGCACUGCAUUGCUCACUGCAGCCUCUCUGGCCCUCUCAGUGCCCCCCAGAUGGACAGGACAAGCUGUGUGGCCUCUGCAGGCCGCUUACCCUCUCCAGCCCUCAGGGCCUCCUCUGAAAAAUGAAGGGAUUACACUAGGACAUCCUUAGCUUUAAAAAAAUACCCUGUGGUUCUAAUACCCAAGGAAGUGAAAGCGUAUUUAGCUGUCCUGCAGGUGUCCUUCCUUGGUUAAGUCUUGGCCUUCAGCUGUCUUCAAAUGUGCCCGAACCUGAGACAACUCUUCCCUUAGAAACUGUUGCCGAUCUGUCCUAGGAGUACUAGGUAUAAACUUCUUUUGUUCUCUUUAGCCGCCUUCCACUUGCUCUCAGCUAUGAGAUCAUGUCACAAAAUGAAGGCGUGCUUUCUUCUUCCUCGUCCUACCUAGACACGUCCUGAGAGCGGCGGUGGCUCUUAGAGUGAUGCUUUCUAUUACUUUUUACUGCUGGGAAGGUUAUGUCUUGUGGGAAAAAGACCCGGGGAGGAGUAUUGAACUUGGACUUGAGGCUGAUCUUGAGAGGGGUCUCCCUUUGUUCUUUCCUGAAGUCUGUCUCUACUGUAGAUUAUAAUCAGCAGGGGGACCCCAAAUCUGUGAGGUUCUGUUUUAUUUGAGAUUUACAGAAAAAAUGGCUAGACAGGUUCCCUCCACGGGUGGGGGGCCCGGGCAGCUGCGGAGGACGGAGGGGCUGCACUACAGGCCGGCUCACAGAGAUGGUGCUGAAAGGACUCAGAUCUGCGCAGAGCUACUGCUGGUGGCCAUUAACACAGUGUCGCACCCUCUGUUCUGCAUUUAGGAUUUGGUUGCUGUGCCUGAGCUUGAGGCAUCAGCAGUAGCAGCUCCUGAUUGGGUUCUAGGGGGCCUAGAUUGAAAUCGGGAACUUGUUUACAGUUUUGACCUUGACCACUAACUAGUGAUUCUUCUCCAAAAUUGAGAAAGCAAGCACACAUAGAACCACAUAUGUGUGUGAAAGUGUACUUUUUCAACUCCAGAUUUUUAAUUUUAAGGCCCCAGUAAGGAAAGGAGAAUAGAAAAUUUUUCCUGAUUUUUAUUAAUUUCUCUCUUGCCUUCCCUCAAUCCCCCUGCAACAUUCCUGAGGCUGUUCCUGUUCCCAGAUUGUUUUAUCAAUGGCCCAGAGGUAAAGGGCUAUCUUUUUCUCUGAUUCUUUAGUAGGUUGUCUUCAUAGAAUAUGCACAAUAGUUUUUCUACAUUCAUUGUUAAAAAUAUUUAUUAAAAUUGUGUUAACCUUAUGUUUUGAAAUAAAUAGGACUGUGUUUAGUGCCUU